GGCAGGAAGAAAGAAAGAAAGAAAGAAAGUGAGGAGCAUCCGCUCGUGAAUCCUUAGUGAGAGUCGUCAUGAUGGUGAUGCCGAAAUCUUUCGUCCACCACCUCCUCCCGAUCCUCCUGGUCCUGGUGGUCGUCCACGCGGGGGGUGUGUCCCUCACGCUUUUCAACCCACCCCCGAGCACCUCUCCCGGGCCCGACGAGGCAGCCAACCCGGUCGCCGCCACCACUACCACCACCACCAGCAGCACCCCGGCCACCCCGCCACCUGACCCCUGCGAGGGUCGCCCGUGCCUGAACGGGGGCGCGUGUGCCCCGCUACCUGCUGGCGCUCCAGCUGUGGAGGAGGGGGCAGCCUCACCUGUCGACUCCCCGCCUCGAGGCUCCUCGUCCUGGGCUUACACCUGCACCUGCAUGCCCGGCUUCGCUGGCCACAACUGCGAAUUUUUUGCAGACCCCUGUUCCAGCGGGCCCUGUGUCCAUGGAAACUGUAGCCGUGGCGAGGAGGCAGAGGUGUUCACCUGCGAGUGUGCCGAGGGCUUCGGAGGGGAGCGAUGCGACACGGCGACCUUCGACCCCAGCUCCGAGUCCAGCUGGGACGUGGCCGAGAACUUCGCCCCCGAGCACGCCACGCCCGCCACCCCGGUUACCCCCACGACCGCCACUCAAACCGCCGAGCCAACCGCCGAGCCCGAUGCCGCCACCACCACCACCGCCGCCCAGCCCACAGUCCCGCCUACCCUUCAGCCCUGGCUGCCCAAGGCCGGCCAGAGGUUUGUGGAGGUGCAGUGGGACGAGGAACAGAUGAGGGAUGGUUCAGGCUGUGGGACGUCUGGUAUGCUCACCGUUUCUUUGGAAGUUGCAGAGGACACAGAUGUGAAGGUCCUGUCUAACGUGAGUGGGGCCCCGGUGUUCUGGCGUGUGGGGGUGUCUGAGUUCAUCACCUGUUCUCUGCUGGGGGCCUCGGCUGUGUACCCCCUGCAGGCCCCCGAUGGACUGGUGCUGCCCGACGGACUGCUUCUCAUGGGACAGGACUACUUCAUCGCUGUGCUGCGCAUGGGCACUCCCGAUGGCCCGGAGGUGGCACUGCGUCUGCAUGUGACCCGCAAGGCCAGCAGCUGCGUGGAGCCCGGUAGCAGCUUCAGCGACCCACAGUGCUCUGGGAAGGGCAAGUGCAUCACUCAGCCCACUGUGGACACCUUCUACUGCGAGUGUGACGACGGCUUCAAUGGCAUCUUCUGUGAGGAGUAUGACGCGUGCCACCACAAGCCGUGCGAGAACAACGCCACCUGCACCGACGCCAGGCAGGGGGGACAAGGGCGCAACUUCACCUGCUCCUGCCCAACAGGCUUCGAGGGCGAUCGUUGCCAGGCGCUGGUGGACCACUGCCUGUCUCAGCCCUGCAGGAACGGAGCGUCCUGCUCCAGCAGCCUGGGAGGAGCUCACUGCUACUGUCCAGAAGGGUUCCAGGGUAGCCAGUGUGAGCAGAAGGUGGACCCGUGCGCCUCCAGCCCGUGCCACAACAACGGCAGCUGCGCGGCCCAGGGAGGAGCCUCUCCUCUGGGCUUCACCUGCUCCUGCCCCCAGGGCUUCACCGGCCCCACCUGCUCCCAGCUGCUGGACUUCUGCGCCCUCAACCCCUGCGCUCACGGCAUCUGCCGCAACGUGGGCACCAGCUACAGGUGCCUGUGUGUGCCAGGUUACCAUGGUCUGUACUGUGAGGAGGAGUAUAAUGAAUGUGUGUCUGCCCCCUGCCAGAACUUUGCCACCUGUAGGGACCUCAUCAACGCCUAUGAGUGCGUCUGCGCUCCACAGUACGAAGGAAGGCACUGUGAGAUCUAUAGGGACCCCUGUGUGAAGGUACACUGCCAAAAUGGAGGCCACUGCGAGAGUGCAGGACUCAACGCCUCCUGUGUGUGUGCCCCUGGAUACCUGGGCCAGCACUGCGAGGUGGACAUCAACGAGUGUGACAGCAACCCCUGUCACCAUGGCGGCACCUGCAUCAACCAAUCAAACGGCUACGCCUGCCACUGCCCGCCCGGCUGGGUGGGGGGCAACUGCGAGAUCCAUCUGCAGUGGAAGCCAGCGCACCCGGGAGACGAGAGUCUGACCAACAUGCCGCGCCACUCGCUCUACAUCAUCAUCGGGGCGCUGUGCGUGGCCUUCGUCCUCAUGCUCAUCAUCCUCAUCGUGGGCAUCUGCCGCAUCAGCCGCAUCGAGUACCAGGGCUCCUCGCGCCACGCCUACCAGGAGUUCUACAACUGCCGCAGCAUCGACAGCGACUUCAGCAACGCCAUCGCCAACAUACGCCACGCCAGGUUUGGAAAGAAGUCUCGGCCGGCCAUGUAUGAUGCCACCCCCAUCACCUAUGAGGACUACAGCCCUGAUGACAAGCCUCUCGUCACACUUAUCAAAACUAAAGAUUUGUAAAAAAUAAAUAAAUAAAUACACAAACACAGACAUGAACACAACACACUCACUCACACACAUACAUACACAUACAUACACAAAUACCAUAUAAAGUACACAUACUACUGAGCCCAGCCUUUCUGAUCAGUCGAUGCCAUUCAGUAUUCAUUUUUAAAAAAGAUGCUGUAAUUAAGAUCCUUAAUGUUCUUCUAUGUAAAUUAAUGAACAAAAAAUAUGGAAGCGGAGAGGUUCCUUCCUUAGGAGGGUUGUAACAGUGUUUCCUUUACGCCCCAUCCCAUCCUCAUGACAACGUUGUGACGUGCAUCAUGGAGUCCGUCCAAUCGUCUAGGGGUUAGGGAAGCAUUUGGCCAGAGACCAUAAACACACAUACGUAUGUACACACACUCCUGCUGUAUAGCUGAAUGUGAGUAGUCGUUCACCUGCGCAGACUUUUAUUUUCAA